CUGUUCUUCGCUCUUAGCUGCUGACGAAUGGGGGAGAUCGAAGGGACAUACAGAGUCCUGCAGACCCCAGGGACCCGUCUGGGCGCCCAGACCGCGGGGGGAGUGAGCACCCUCGAGCCUCUACAGACUCUCAGGGCGGUGACAGGGACCUCGGCCAGGAUGCAGGAGAAGCACCUCCACAUCAGAGUGAAGCUGCUGGACAACACCGUGGAGAUGUUUGACAUUGAGCCUAAAUGCGACGGCCAGAUAUUGCUGACACAAGUGUGGAAGCGCUUGAAUCUGAUCGAGUGUGACUACUUCGGGCUGGAGUUUCAGAAUGCCCCGUCCUGCUGGAUUUGGCUCGAACCUAUGAAACCCAUCAUUAGGCAAGUACGAAAGCCGAAGAAUGCCGUGCUUCGCCUAGCAGUGAAGUUUUUCCCACCUGACCCAGGCCAGCUGCAAGAAGAAUAUACACGGUACUUGUUUGCCUUGCAACUUAAGAGAGACCUCCUGGAAGAGCGCCUGACCUGCACGGACGCCACGGCGGCACUCCUCGUGUCCCACCUUCUGCAGUCGGAAAUAGGAGAUUAUGACGAGAGCCUGGAUCGCGAGCACCUCAAAGCCAACGAGUACCUGCCCCGCCAGGCGCCCUCUCUGGAGAAGAUCCUGGAAUUCCAUCGGACGCACACGGGCCAGACGCCUGCCGAGUCCGACUUCCAGGUGCUGGACAUCGCCCGCAAGUUGGAGAUGUACGGCAUCAGGCUUCACCAGGCUUCCGACAGGGAGGGGGCCAAGAUCAGCUUGGCGGUUUCCCACACAGGUGUCCUUGUGUUCCAGAGCACCGCCAAAAUCAACACGUUCAACUGGUCCCGGGUCCGUAAACUCAGCUUCAAGAGGAAAAGAUUUCUUAUCAAACUGCACCCAGAGGUCCACGGACCUUACCAGGACACACUGGAAUUCUUGUUGGGCAGUAGAGAUGAAUGUAAGAACUUCUGGAAGAUCUGUGUGGAGUAUCACACCUUCUUUAGGCUUUUUGACCAACCUAAGCCGAAAGCCAAAGCCGUCUUCUUCAGCAGGGGCUCGUCCUUCAGAUACAGUGGAAGAACUCAGAAGCAGCUCGUAGAUCACGUCAAAGACGGUGGGAUGAGGAGGGUUCCAUAUGAGAGAAGACACAGCAGGACUCAGAUGUCCGCCCGUGCCCUGACCACGGACUUGCCAAAGCAGAGCGUCUCCUUCACCGAGGGUGUGACGACAGCCGUGUCCCCAUCUUCAGCAGAUGCCUCCGUCUAUUCGGCCCCUCCAUCCCCGCUGGCCCCUGCCAGCCCACCCAGUUUCGAGGACAGUGGCAGCUCCCCAACGGAGCCCCAGGCUCCCCGCUUCCAGAGGCCCGCGGCAGAGCGGGGCGGCCGAGCGCUGGAAGGCCUCGACACAGGACAGGCACCGCCCCGCGGGCACCCUGCGCUCCAGCCUCGUCAAGGCCUCUCUGUGGACAGUCCUCAGCCUUCUCCCUCCGCCCGGAAGAGCCCACUGAGCCUGAGCCCUGCGUUUCAGGUGGCUCUGGGCCCUGCUGAGCGGGGCUCGUCCCCACUCCUGAGCCCUGUCCUUAGCGACGCCGGCCAAGCCAGGACCGAUGACGAGGAGGAACCGAAACACAAGUGGCCGGGAGCGGACGAGGCCUAUUUCAUAGCGAAGGAGAUUCUCGCCACAGAGCGAACAUACCUGAAGGAUUUGGAAGUUAUUACUGUGUGGUUCCGCAGCGCGGCGGUCCAGGAGGACGCCCUGCCCGCGGGCCUGAGCUCCCUGCUCUUCUCCAGCAUCGACCCCAUCUACGAGCUGCACAGCGGCUUCCUGCGAGAGCUGGAGCAGCGGCUGGCGCUCUGGGAACGGCCUUCCGGAGCCACAGGCAGUCGUCAGCGGAUCGGGGACGUGCUGCUCAGGAACAUGCGUCAGCUGAAGCAGUUCACUGGCCACUUCCAAAGGCACGACGAGGUCCUGAUGGAGCUGGAAAAGGCAGCCAAGCGCGUUAAGAAGCUGGAGGCGGUGUACAAAGAGUUCGAGCUCCAGAAAGUCUGCUACUUGCCUCUCAGCUCCUUCUUACUGAAGCCCACCCAGCGACUGCUGCAUUACCGCCGGCUGCUGGGCCGGCUGUGUGGGCACUACGCGCCCGGGCACCCGGACUUCGCCGACUGCCGUGAGUGGUGGCCCGCCUCCCCCGCCCCCACCCCGGGUGCCUGCACUGAGGGGCCUCUUCACACAGAUGCCCUCACGGUUAUCACGGAGAUGACCGCCAUGCUCCGACACAGCCUGGUGCGGCUGGAGAACCUGCAGAAGCUGACAGAGCUGCAGCGGGACCUGGUCGGCGUGGAGAGCCUCAUCGCCCCGGGCCGGGAGUUCAUCCGCGAGGGCUGCCUGCACAAGCUCACCAAGAAAGGCCUGCAGCAGAGGAUGUUCUUCCUGUUCUCAGACAUGCUGCUGUACACGAGCAGAGGCGUCUCGGGGACCAGCCGCUUCCGGACCCGGGGUCUCCUUCCGCUCCGCGGCAUGCUGCUAAUAGUGCUGGACCCACCGGUGAGUAGUCGGGUGCCCUGUGGCCCACCGCCCGCCCGCCUGGGUGGCAGGCGCCGUGGCGUGGGGACUCUUCGUGCCUCCCGUAGCCCCCGUAGUCAGCGUAGACUUGGCCAGCGCAGAGCUCCCGCGCCACUGCGUUCGGCCAGCCCUGCUACACUCUACACUCCCACCCCUGCCUGCCCGCAGGUGGAAGCCAGCGAGGACGCGCGGUCUGUCCCACACUGCUUCACCAUUUACGCGGCUCCGAAGACCAUCGUGGUGGCAGCCAGCUCUCAACUAGAGAAGGAGAAGUGGAUGCAGGACCUGGACUCCGCCAUCGAAGCGGCCAAGGGCGGUGGCGCCACGCCCCUGGAGCUGCCAGGCAGCGUGGUGUGCACCCCGCCCCGCAGAUCCUCCGACGAGGUCCCUCUGGAGCAGGAGCUAGCCCAUGCUCACAGCACCCGCAGCCCCCCGGAGGGGCAGAGCACGCUCCGGGCCAACAGCACGGCGCACGUGUGCUGGUGCCGGAGCACCAGCGUCUCCAGAGCCGACCACAGUGCGGCUGUUGAGAACCAGCUCUCAGGGUAUCUGCUGAGAAAGUUCAAAAACAGUAAUGGAUGGCAGAAGCUCUGGGUGGUCUUCACCAAUUUCUGUUUGUUCUUCUACAAGACUCAUCAGGUAGGGAGCGCCCCUGGGGUGGGCCGUCUCACCCUGCUGCUGGGUGAGGGGAGGGUAGCUGGCUGGCAGGGCCGCACCCACAGACGUGCCUGUGCCGCCUUCCAGGACGACCACCCCCUGGCCAGCCUCCCGCUGCUGGGCUACCGCGUGAGUGUGCCCCAGGAGGCCGAUGGCAUCCUCAAGGAGCACGUCUUCAAGCUGCAGUUCAAGUCGCACGUCUACUUCUUCCGGGCCGAGAGCAAAUACACCUUCGGGAGGUGGAUGGAGGUGAUUGAGAGCGCCAGCAGCUCACCUGGGAGGGCCGGGCCCCCCGAGGAGGAGGCAUGAAGCCCACGCUGCCCGGUGAGGAAGGAAACGAGGAAGUAGAACACGGUCAGCACACGCCCCGUGGCUGCCUGCCCUGAGUCUUCCCGACAACGGACCAGCAGUGUGGCCGGCAUCACAGCGACACCUGGGUCCCCCUCGAGACCCAAUGCACCCCUUGGGCCUCUAGGGCCCUGGACAGAACACGCACACGAGUGGAAACACCGGCCCGGCUCCGGUGUGACCAAAGUGGACCGCCUGCCCUCUUCCUCCUCAGAGCAGGCCCUGCCGAGGGUUGGUUUUGGACGGGAACCGGGGUGGCCCAGCUGCCUUGUCCUUCAGUCUAGGUCG